AUGUCCGAAGUUAUCAACCAGGUUGCCAUUCUUACGGCUAAGCCGGAAGCGUUUGACGAACUCGUUGCCGAAUUAGCCAAUAUUACCCGCAAUGUCCAAGAGCAUGAGCCUGAGGCUAUUGUAUACUAUGCCUACUCUAUUCCUCAAGCCAAUGAAGUCGUCGUAGUUGAAAGAUACACAAACCAGGCCGCAUUGGACAAACAUCAUGCUGCGCCUUACCUUCAGGAACUCAUCAAGAAGGCCCCAGCCCUGUUGGCGAAACCUUCGGAGGUCAAGGCUGGUGCACACUUGCUUCAAGACUCUGCACAGGUAGUCCGCCUGUAA